AUGCCUUCCCCCGCCGCAGGAAAGAGUGAAACCCCCCGCACUCCUACCAAGCUCGGACGGCCCAAGCAGGGUGCCCCCAAGUUAGGCAAGAAGGCAGACGACCAGGAGCUCCGCCCAUCUCAAUCAGAAUCCACUCUGCGAAACACAGCAGAGGAUGCUCCGGAAAAUGUAGCAGACACCAAGGACCAGGCGGAAGGUCAAACAGAAGAAGCUGCCGACGACGCACAAGGCAAAGUCUCACAAGCCGGAGACGACCUUGAGCAGGCCGAGCCGAAGCCAAUCGAUGACGCUGAAGAGGCAGCCGGUGACGCCAAGUCCAAGGCCGAUGAUGCAAAGGAGAAGGCCCAAGACACCGCCGAGGGUGUUGAAGAAGAGGCCGAGGAGACCGGCGAUGACGCGGAUGACGCAACCCAGAAGGCCGGAGAGGAGGUCGAGCCCGAUACCCAGGAUACCGAGGACGACGCCACAGACACUGCCAGCAGGGCCGCUGAGAGCAGCAAGUCUGCUGGCCAGGGUGCGCUGAGCGGUGCUCGCGGACUCGCUGGACGAGCUCAGGGCCUGGCUGGCAAGGCCACGGACGAUCCCCAGGGCGCCGCAGAGGACGCGGGCGAAGACGCCCAGGAUGCCGCUGGCGAUGCUGCCGAAGAUGCCCAAGAUACUGCUGACCAGGCGAAGGAUUCCGUCGAGGAUACUGCCGACCAGGCGACCCCCGAUCUAAGUGUCCUUAAGGGCUUGGAAGUGGACGACGAAGGUCUCAUCCACGACAAGGACGGCAAGCCUCUUGGCCGCCUUGUUGAGGGCGAUGCUGAAGAUCUCGCUGGCUAUGCCAUUGGCGAUGACGGCGAGAUCCUCGACGACGACGGUGACCUCGUCGGCCGCUGCGAGCUUCUCCCUGAAGCCGCUCAAGACCAAUUGAAGCAGGCCAAGGACGACAAGAAAAUGCCCCCUCUCAGCAUCCUCAAGGGACUCUCCGCAGACAAGACUGGCCAGAUUCUCAACGACGAUGGCGACUUCAUUGGUCACGUUGUCGAGGGUGAUCCAUCUGAGAUUCAAGGGCGUGAGUUUGAUGAAAAUGGCGAGAUCCACGACGAUGACGGCAACCUGAUUGCCCGUGCCGAGCUCCACCCCGACGCCGCCGACCUGGUCGACCAGGAUGAGGAAGGCGAAGAUGAGGAGGGCGAGGGCGAGGGCGAGGGCGAGGGCGCCGCUGAGGGCGCUGUCGAAGGCGCUGCUGACCAAGCUACUGCCGCCGCGGACACUGCAGAGGAAGGCGCUGCUGACGUCGAGGAUGAGCUUCCUGGUGUUGACGCGAUUGAGGGCAUGGAAAUCAACUCUCAAGGCGACGUUGUUGACGACAAGGGUGAUGUUGUUGGUCACCUUGUAGAAGGUUCCGUUACCGAUGUCAAGGGUCUUACUGUCAACGACCAGGGUGAGGUUGUUGACGCUGAUGGAAAUGUCCUCGGCAAGGUCGAACUCGCCGACGGAGCCGCCGAGAAGCUCAAGGAGUCCGCCGCCGGUGCCCUUGACGUUCGCAUCUUGGAAGGCCUGAAGGUCAACAAGAAGGGUAAAGUCCUUGACGCUGAGGGCGAGGAAAUCGGCGAGCUGAAGGAUGGUGAUGUCCAGGACGCUGCUGGCAAGACCAUCAACGAUAAGGGCGAGGUCUUGGACAAGGAUGGCAACGUCAUUGGCAAGGUCGAUGUCGUUCCUGGCGAGGCCGCCUUCGAAGCCAUGAAAUCACUCAAGGAACGCCUUGGUGAUGAGGCUGAGAACGAGCCUGAAAUUAUCGAGGUCAUCCCUGACAUCAACGAGCUCGAGGGCUUGAAGGUUAACAAGAAGGGCCAAGUUCUCGAUGAGGAUGGUGAGCCGAUCGGUGAGCUCGAGGAGGGUGAUGCCAAGGAGUGUGCCGGCAAGAAAAUCAACGAAAAGGGCGAGGUUCUUGACAAGGACGGAAACGUUAUUGGCAAGGUCCGCGCUCUGCCGCAGCAGCGUGAGGCUCCCGAGACCGAGCAGGUCGAGAUUACGCCUGAGCUUGAUACUCUUGAGGGCCUGAAGGUCAAUAAGAAGGGCCAAGUUCUCGAUGAAGAUGGCGAAGUUAUUGGUGAGCUCGAGGAGGGCGAGAUCAAGGACUGCGCCGGAAAGAAGAUCAACGCCAAGGGUGAGGUCCUCGACAAGGACGGCAAUGUCAUUGGCAAGGUCAAGACUAUGCCCAAGCUUGUUGAGCAAGAGGUCGGUAAGGCCGAAGACGCUGCCGAGGAUGCUGAGGCAGCCGCCGAAGAUGCGGAGGAGGCUGCUGAGGAUGCUCAGGAGGAGGCUGAGGAUGAUGGCCGACCUCCCCUUUCAAUCCUCGACGGACUUACUGUCAACAAGUCUGGCAAAAUCAUCGACUCCGAAGGCAACAUUAUCGGUGAACUCAUUGAGGGUGACGCCAAGAAGCUUUCAAAGGCUGGCAUCACUUCCGAUGCUGAAGGCCAAUUCUGGGACAACAAGGGCAACGUCAUCGGUCGUGCCCAGACCGUGCCCCAGGAAGAGGCCGAAGACGAGUCUCCUUUCGCCGGCCUUGAGGGUCUUAUUGUCGUCAAGGGCGGAUAUGUCGAAGACGAGAACGGCAACCGCGUCGGCCAAGUCGUCGAAGGUGACGCUAAGAAGCUUGUCGGUCGUGCCGUCGAUGAGGAUGGAGAUAUCAUCGAUAAGAAGGGCUCAGUUGUCGGACAUGCUGAGCGUUAUGAAGAGCCCGAAGAGGAGCCCGAAGAGGAGCCCGAAGCCAUCGACCUUUCUGAUCUGGAAGGUUUGACUGUCAACAAACAGGGCAACGUCAUCGGUAACGAAGGUGUGCCAGUUGCUCGUCUUGUAGAAGGCAACCCUAAGGAGAUUGCCGGUCGCAAGCUCGAUGACCAAGGCCAGAUCUGGAACGAUUCCGGCAAGGUCGUUGGCCGCGUCGAACUGAUUCCUCCAGAGGAGCGCGAGGCUAAGCCCGAAGGCCCCUUCGCCGGUCUUCAAGGCCUCCGCGUUGUUCAGGAUGGCAACAUUGCUGACGAGGACGAGAACAUCGUCGGUCAAGUUGUCGAGGGCAACCCCAAGCGCCUUGUGGGUCUGGCUGUUGAUGAGGAUGGUGACAUCCUUGACAAAUACGGCAAUGUUAAGGGCCAUGCCGAGCCUAUUGAGGAGGAGGAAGAGAUCCCCGACGAUCUUUCCGUCCUCGAUGGUCUUAGCCUCAACAAGCAAGGCUACCUCGUUGACCAGAAUGGAACACCGAUCGGUCGUCUCGUUGAGGGUAAGCUUGAGGACCUCGUUGGCCGCAAGUCUGACGGCGAGGGUCAAAUCCACAACGACACUGGCAAGGUUGUCGGUCGCUGUGAGUUGAUCCCCGAAAAUGAGCGUGUCCAACGCAAGGAGGGUCCCUUCGCCGGAUUGGAAGGCCUCCGUGUCGUCAAGGACGGCUUCGUCGAGGAUGCUGAUGGCAACCGCGUCGGACAAAUCACCGAGGGCGACCCCAAGAAGCUCGUCGGCAACCAGGUCGAUGAGGACGGUGACAUCAUUGACAAGUAUGGCAACGUCAAGGGCCACGCUGAGCCCUGGGAAGAAGAAGAGGAGGCCGAAGUCGACCUAAGCGCUCUUGCCGGCUGCACUGUCAACAAGGCCGGCAAUGUCGUCGACUCUGCCGGCGUCAUCCUUGGCCGCGUUGCUGAAGGCGACCCAUCAACAAUGAUUGGCAAGAAGGUCGACGGUCAGGGCCAAAUCUGGGACAACGCUGGAAACGUCAUCGGCCGUGCCGAGCUCGUCCAGGGUGUCUCAUCUACACCUGAGGGACCAUUCGCUGGCUUUGAUGACAACUCCAUUGCUAAGGAUGGAACCGUUCAGACUCCCAGCGGCGAUAUCAUCGGUCGCGUGAUUGAGGGCGACAUCAAGAAGCUCGUCGGUCACAAGGUCGAUGAAGAUGGCGAUAUCAACGACAAGAAUGGCAACGUCAUUGGUAAGGCCGAGCGCUGGGAGCCUGAGGAGAAGGAGCGCCGCAUCAACCCCAUGGCUGGCAUGCGUGUCAACAAGGAGGGUGAGGUCCGCGACGAGAAUGGUGAUAUCCUCGGUCGCCUCACUGCUGGUGACCUCGGUCACUGCGCCGGUCUUGAGAUCGAUGAUAACGGUUAUGUCAUCGACAACGACGGCAACAAGGUCGGCGAGGUCACUCUCAUCGAGAACAUUCAAGAAGAGGAUCACGAGGAAACCGACGAGGAGAAGCAGCGCCGUGAGGAUGCUGAGCUCGCUGACAAGAUGGCCAACAUCUGCCAGCAGACGCUUGAGCGUGUCCAACCUGUCAUGAAGCAGAUCACUGAGUACAUUGAGCAAGCUGAUCGCACACCGCGUGAUGAGCUCGAUGAAGAGGAGCUUGUCAACAACGUUAAGCCUCUCAUCAUGGAGGGUUCCCGUAUCCUCGAAGAGUGCAACGGUGCGCUGCGCGGUCUCGACCCCGAUGGCCGUAUCGCCGCCCAGGCUAAGGGUCGCUCUGAGACCCGUGAUGCCACGCCCGAGGAGUACCGUCUUGCCGAUCUCCUCAAGGAGCUCACAACGACCGUUGUCACCACCAUCGACAACGCGAAGAAGAAGAUCUCCGACAUGCCCCACGCUAAGAAGAAGCUCAACCCGCUCUGGGCCCUGCUCACCGAGCCUUUGUUCCAGAUCAUCGCUGCCGUUGGUUUGUUGCUCACCGGUGUGCUCAACCUUGUUGGCAAACUGCUCAAUGGUCUUGGUCUUGGCGGUCUAGUCAAUGGUCUGCUCGGUGGCUUGGGCAUCAACAAGCUACUCGGCGGUCUGGGUCUUGGAUCAGUCUCCGAGAUGUUGGGUGGUGGAAAGAAGGACAAGAAGAAGGGUGGAGGUGCCAGCAACCUGCCGCUUGUCGGCGGUCUGCUCGGCAGCAAGAAAUAA